GAGGUCAUUAAACUGGACGAUGGCAAUCAUCGAUAUGUACAAUGAAAAAACAAACACUAUCACGCGCUCGCCAAUGGAGUUUUUACUGAGCGCUGUGACGCGCGCUGCCCAGCGAUUUGAGUGGCAGUCUCAUGCAGGCGCUGACUGACUGAAGCCUGCAGCGGCACCAUGGCAACCGAGCGGCCCGCCAAACUGCGCGUCUUUUCUCUCAACUGCUGGGGAAUUCGAUUCUUCAGUAAACACUGUUCACCGCGGUAUGAGAUGAUUGGAGAAUUACUCGACCGAGAGCGACAUGACAUCGUCCUGUUACAGGAAGUGUGGAGUGAAAAAGAUUUUAUGUUCUUGAAGAGAAAGCUCUCCAACUCUCAUCCAUAUGCCCACUAUUUUAAAAGUGGAGUUAUUGGCAGUGGUCUUGCUGUGUUCUCCAAACACAAAAUCCAAGAUGCCUUCAUCUACCAGUACUCCCUCAAUGGGUAUCCAUACAUGCUUCGCCAUGGGGACUGGUUCGGGGGUAAAGCAGUCGGAUUGGUCAUUAUAGACGUGUUUGGGAUGAAGGCACACGUCUAUGUUACACAUUUGCAUGCAGAGUAUUCAAGGGCUCGGGAUGAAUACUUGCCCCACAGAAUUGUACAGUCGUGGGAACUAGUGCAGUUUGUGCGCCACACAUCUUUUGGAGCAGACGUGGUGAUUUUGGGAGGGGAUUUGAACAUGCACCCUCAAGACCUUGGAAACCGUCUCCUCAGAGCUCACACUGGACUCAGAGACUGCUAUACCGAGACAGACACAUUUGACGGGUGUGAAAAUGGCCACACACUCAUAGCAGAUAACCAAUUUACAAAGAAGCAAGAUCUUGUUCCUUUUGAGAAAGGCAUCAGGAUCGACUACAUUCUCAUAAAGGACUCGAAGACAGUGACCAUGAAAUGUGAGUCCCUUUCCACCACCAAAGGUUCAGUGGCUCAUAAACCCUUUCCAUAUUCUGACCAUGAGGCUUUGACAGCUGAACUGGCCCUGCUACAGUCUGAAGAGAGCAAACAGCAGGGACAGAGGAACAUCAGGGACUCAGAUACUGGAGUAUCAGAGCAGAUAGAUGCAGUCACAGAAGCAUGUGCGGUGGUUACAGAAGGCUUGUGUCGCACAGAAACCCUGCAGGCCAAAGCCUUGAAUCUGACGGGUGGAGCAUUUCUGUUUCUUCUGCUGUCUCUGGCCAUGGCUCUCCUGCCCUGCUUAUGUGCGGGUGGCCUUUUCUCUCUCACCACCACAGGUAUAUUGGUGGCCGUGUGCUCGAUUGCCCUGCUGUCCGGAGCGUCGCUUUAUCUUUUCUUCACAACGCACAUCAAAAUCCUGAAAGAGACCGAAGACCAGAUGAAACUGACCUCAGAUUACCUCCAGAGCAAACUGGCUGGGUCUUUGUCUUCUGAUGGCUCUCCAGAUCUCCAACCAUUGAGUCCAUUUAAAUGGGAGGAGUGAAUUAACAGUAAAACGCUGGUCCUGGAUCAAGUGACUGUACCUCAGUGUUAAAUAAUAGCUAAUAGGAUAUUACUUGAAAUGCUGACCCUGGAUCAGUGCUGUGAGGCUGUAUACCUACCUCAACAUGAUGGAAGUGAAGCAGCUUUUGAAAGAUUAUCGAAAAUAUUGAAUCUGCAUUUUCUCCAACCUAUAAUAUCAUGCAAUAUAUAAAACACAUGUUGUGUUAUGAAUGAGAGUGUGCUCACUCAUAUUUUAGUGCUGUACAUUUCUGCAAUAGUUUUUUUUGUUGUUGUUGUUACAUAAGUAGUACCAUAAUAUAAGCAUUUUAAACAUUGUUUUUCUUCAUUUUGAAAUGUUUAAAAGUUCCUUGCCAUUCCACAAGGUAGCGCUCUUAUUACUGAUCAACUCAUUCUUGCAGUACACUUGACUAGUAGCAGUAAAGCCCUUACAAAUAACAAAUGAACCAUGCUUAAUGUAGUAAAACCAUGGUUAGCACAAAACGACCAUGGUUUUGAAUAACAAUGGUUUUCAAAAACCUUAGUUAAACCAUGGUUACUGUAGUAAAACCAUACUUUUGCUUAUAGCAAUCAAUACACCAAAAAACAUGUAUUUUUUGUAAGGUUGCACACAGUAUUUACACAUACAGUAUGUUUUCCCACUGGAUGGAUUUAAUAGCAAAGGUAAAAAAUGAUAGCUUACAUUAUUACAUUUAUUCAUAUAUUUAUCUACUUGAAAAAAUUCCCAAAGGAUUGAUUAUUAAAAAUAAAAUAAAAAAUAAGUACAAAACUA